AUGUCGAGAUUACGAAAAUGCACCCGAGCUACGGUGCUCUCCAUCCUCCUCGCCUGCGCCCAUACCGCCUCUAUCCCCUCCGUCUUCGAGCGACAAAACACAUGCGCCGCCGAGGGCUUCACCUCCUGCGGCAACGGCCUCCCGGGAAACUUCUGCUGUGGGACAGGCAAGAAAUGUAUCACUCUGGCCGGGAACACCACCGUCCUCUGCUGUCCCGAGGGAGAGAGCUGCGACAGAAUCUCGCCCAUCACAUGUAACAUCAACCUCCAAGAUCCCGUGGCACACCCCGAUGCAUCCAUCAAGACCACGGUGCUCAAGGGCACGCUCGCCACCUGCGGCGACAGCUGCUGUCCCUUUGGAUACAGCUGCAACAGCCUGCUACAGUGCACGAUGGACUCGGAUCAGACCAAAGCACCAGAGGAAGCGUCUACCCCAGUCCCAAAGCCGUCGUCAACGGCCACCGCCGCUCCGAGCGUUAUACCGACAACCAUCGCCGCCAGCACGACGCCCGCCGAGACCAACAAUAACAACGACAGCGACACCGAUAACAAGAACGGUACCUUCCCCACCGCCAUCGUCAUCGGCUCCCUCUGCGGCCUCCUCGUAGGCGUAGGCCUCGGCGUCGCCGCCCUCCUCUUCUGCGCCCGCCGUCGUCGCCGCGGCCCGCCUCCACUCAACGAGAAGAAACGCGGCGGCGGCGGCGGCGGCCCUCGCCCGUCGACCUCCACCUCGUCCUUUGGCAACUUCAUCUCGGAACCCAUCCCCAUCACGGACAACGCCACCGGGCGGACGGAUUUUAUCCUAAAGACCCCAUCCACAACACACUCCCGCUCGCGAAGCGGCUCCGGCUCCGUCACCUCGCCGGCGGGGUAUACCCCCAACAAAGGCCACAACCGCCUCUCCUCGACGGCGACGACGCUGGCGCACCACCCCAUCGGUCUCGCGCGCAGCGACUCCGCUCCUCGGACGCCACCUGGGAGGGGAGGAGGAGGAGGAGGAGGAGUCGGGGGAGCAGGCGCCGGAGCUGUGCCUCCCAUUAGGGGUAUGCGUCCCAACUCCGGGUCUAGACGCUUACAGCCACCCAAUAUGCCGAACCCGCUUGCGCCGCCGAAGCCGGGGUACAUCAUCAACAACAACAGCAACCAAUCCCACCUCCAGCGCGAGCCGAGCAGCGAGAGCAUCAGCGUGUUUGCGGACCCGCGGACGGUGGGCGGACGGCCUGGGGUGAAGAGGAAUACGACGUUUACGGAUAUGAUGGAGGAGGCGGAGCUCGGUGACGUGCGGAGGGGGAAGCCGUAUGUGCCGUAUACGCCGCAGAUGCCGUCACAGGUUGGUCGAUGA